UUUACAUACCUCUUGCAUUCGCAAUCCAAGACGAAAUUAAUUGUACUAUUGUUACAAAUUGUUAAUUGUUACAAAGUACUGUAAUUUGAAUAAACACAAUUUUAAUCUAUAGAGAGAUUUUGAAUGAAAAUUAGUAUGGCAUUUCAACAUAUCUUAUUAAAUGUUGGACUAAUAUUAAUACUAAUAAUUAUACUAUCUACUGUAAAAUUGACGAAAAAUGAGACUGAAAUGAAUUACACUUAUUUAAAACCUUUACAUUAUAAUGUAAAAAUAAAAUUUGACGUAUUCAGCAAUGUCUUUUCUGCGAAAUGCAAUAUUAUUAUCCAGAUUAAUCGUCCAACGAAAAAUAUAACUAUGUUGAGUUCAAAGAUUUUUGGUAUAGCAAAAAUUGACUUGAUUAACAACAAUGAUAAUCAAACAAUCAACAUCCAGAAAAUUUCAUUUAUCAAUAAAACGUACAUUUAUUUUGAUUUUACCCAGUCAUCAGACGAUUUAUUAUCUCCUGGUACGUAUAUCUUAAAAAUGAUUUAUGUCAGUAACAUAUUAGAUGUCGGAGACACUCUCGAUCUUUUCCAGAUCAAAGAAAAAGACAAAAUAUUUGACAACGGCUUUAAAGUAAUAAAAGCAGGAGAAUUAUUUCCAUCUUGGGACAAUGCGAUAUUUAAAUCAACUUUUAACAUUUCUAUCUGGCAUCAUAAAAAUUACACAUUUCUAUCGAAUAUGCCGAUAAAAAAACAAGUUGAGGAUAUGGAUAACAUGCUGUGGACUCAUUUUGACAUAUCACCUCUAAUGUCUGCUGAACAUUUAACAAUUGUGAUGAUCACAUUCACUAAUUUCUUCGCUCCUAUUAGAAAUGUCAAAAUUUGGUAUAGAAAAGAGAUGAUAGACCAGUUGCGACUUGCAGAAGACGUUGUCUAUGAAGUCAUGCAGUAUUUGGUACAAAAAAAUAUAAGAAAAAUAUCAAAAAUAGAUUACGUUGUAACGAAGGAUUUUGAAUACAGUAACGUAAAGACAUUGGAACUCAUUCUAUUAAGGGAAGAAGAUAUUAUUUAUAAUUAUACUUUAGAUGACAUUGCCCGCAAAAUAAAAGUGGCGAACUUAGUAACACGUGAAACAAUAUCUAAGUGGUACGAUGAUGUGCUUCUGUUGUCCAAUGAAGGAUUUAUUACGUUUCUUACAGCGCAUAUUUUGGAUCAGACUCUUUUAUAUUAUCGCAUGAUGGACUUAUUUGUCGUUCAAACCCAACAGGAAUCCCUACGUUUCGAUACUCUUUUUACAAAUUCUCUACCAUUUAAAAGAUCCCGUUAUAAUAUCAAAUCAUCCAUUGUAUGGCGCAUGUUAUAUCAUCUAAUGUCUGAUCAUGUGUUUUGGAACGGUAUCAACACGUAUGUAAACAUAAAAUAUAAUCAGACAAACGUGACAGAUACUAACAAUUUAUCUACUAGUGUACCAUUUUGGACCGCUAUGGCAAGUGCCCUAAAUGUAACGAAUAACACAAUAAGCUUUAAUAUUAAAGAUAUAAUCGAUGCUUGGUUAACGGAAGAAUAUUAUCCUGUAUUGUAUUUGACACAAGAUUUUUCCAUUAACUUGGCAUCGAUCUCAUUUAUUAAUUUCAAUCGUACAUUACUUCCUGGCAUGAAAGAAUAUCGAGUACGUGUGACAUAUACGACAAAAUCACUCAUGAACUUUAAGAUACCUAAUACGAAAGAAUUUACAUCACAUUUCUACGAUAUGUAUUGGACUAACAAAAAUGAUUGGAUAAUAGUCAAUUUACAACAAGCUGGGUACUAUCGCGUCAAUUAUAAUUCGGAUAACUGGCAAAAACUUGCACAUCAUUUGUACUUUGUAAAUUACGCCGAUAUUCAUGUCCUUAAUCGAGCCCAAAUCAUCGAUGACGCGUUUUAUUUUUUGACGCAAAGACAACUCAAUUUCGUUUUGUUUUGGAACAUUACAAAGUUUCUGUUUGAAGACGCAGACUAUGUAGCAUGGUAUCCUAUGAUUAAAGCUGUUGAGUACAUGAUGUGUACGUGGCCAAUUAAAAAUACUACAGCUGUAAAGAUGAAACUUACAAGAAGGUUUGAUAGACUUCUGCUAAAUAUAGGAUACAUGGACAAAUUAAAUUUCGAAAAUGAUUUUACUAAAAUUUUAAGAGAAGAAGCGAUAAAAUGGGCAUGUAUUCUCGAUGUUCCAAGAUGUAGAGAAACAGCAAUCUUUCAAUUAGGAGAACAUCUUGAAAGUUCUGUUCAAGACAAACUUUUGAAACGGAAAGAAUGGAUAUACUGUAAAGGUUUAAUGGCAGCAAACUUCAAUAUUUGGCACAAAGUGUGGAAUAGAUGGAAUGCAACAUCCGAUAAUACAAUUUUAGAAUAUUUAACUUGCUCUACAAAUACUGAUAUUAUUAAAAUUUAUUUGGAAUUAAUAUCGAAAAAUAAAUUUGAUAUUAGAGUAUCAAACAGUGAAACGAGUGCUAUUUUUCUCCUUAUUGUUGCAAAACAUGCAAAAAGAGAUGCAGUGCUCGAGUUUAUAUUCGGCCUUUUGAAAUUCAAGAUGAAAGGGGAAGCAGUUAAGCAGAUUGCAACAUUAAUUGUUAUUAUAACGCACCAGCAUGAUGCAAAACAAUUCAAACAGGUACAUGAUUUCGUUAAAAAUAAACUUAUGAACGAAAAGCAACUAAGUUUCAUAGUUGAUGCUGUCAAACAAAAAAUAGAGAAACGAAAAAUGGAACAGCGUAGACGUGUCAGAAAUUUUGGGCUUUUGAAGUGAAACAUAUAAACAUAAUGCAAUAUAAAAAGCCAAGCACUUGAAUUGAUAGAAGAAAAUAAUUUUACUUGU